GUGGGGAAUACACGCACACGAAUAAGUUUCCUGACAUCACACUUCCUGUUUGUCAUGCUCUGGUAUAUAAACGAGCUGAGACUCAUGAAUCAGCUUCAUAAAGCACAACAUCCUCUGAAACCUAAGGACCAGGGCGCGUGCGGAUACACAAGACUCCCGAAAGGCCGUUUCUUUCAUUCUAUCUCGAUGGAUUGGGUUUUUGUUAUCAUUUUGCAAGUUUUGAUUCAGCCGUCUCUAUCAGUCUUGUUCACUGUGGAGGCAGGACAAACCAUGUACUCAUCAGAGUUUGGAGGUGAAGUUGUGAUGGGCUGCAGGUUCUCUACAAAGGCAUCAAAACCUAAUUCUGACCCGAAGGUGACAUGGCACUGGACUUCAUCUGAGCUGCACCAGGAGCUGAUCCGGUUAGAUAACGCCGCAGACUACACGGUUUCUCCAAAGUAUCAAGGUCGGGUGAAACUUCUCACCGAAGAGCUGAAGAGCGGCUGGGCAAAGUUACAGUUGUCAAAUCUCAGGAUUAAUGACUCUGGAACUUAUCAGUGUUUGGUUCAAACCACAGAUGGAACAGACUACAAAACCAUGACUUUAUCAGUUAACGCUCCUUAUAAAACAGUGACCAAAAAAGUUGAGAGGACUGCAGAAAAUAAGGUUUUGUUAACCUGCCAGUCUGAAGGUUACCCCAAAUCUGCUGUUAUGUGGACGGAUGGAAGCCGGCAGAGCCAACAACACCCCAACACCAGCGUUGUGUCGACACCAGAGCAGCUUUUUAAAAUCACCUCUCAAAUACUAGUGAGCGCAUCAGAGGAAAACAACUACACCUGCAGCUUCAGCGGGGAAACGUCUGCAACGUUUAACAUUCCAGAAGAAAUAUCAACUCCUCCUGAAAAAAGUGAUGCAUCCGUCAUUGUUGUGUUCAUAGUAAUAAUACUAAUUGUGAUCCUGGCAGCUGGAGGCAUUACUUAUUAUCGACGAAAAGGGUUCAGGAUUCUCGGUACCUCCAAGUGUCUGCCUGUUGAUGAGGACCUGUCUGUGUCUGCAGCCUGCCUUCAAACGGAUAAAGAAAUGAAGACAGUGGAAAUAGCUAUUCCUGAAGAAACAGCCCCCUACUAGACUCACUCCCAGAAGCAGCGGAGAUGCUUUUACCUGAGGGACCAUCCAGGGAAAGGAUGGACAUCGUACCCGCUCACCUCCCUUAUCUCAGACCGAUGGAUCCAUCUGGGCUUCAGCUUAACGCGCUUUCUCGUCGGGUUUCAAGAAAGCCGCUUCUUGCAGGAGCUAAAAGUGGAAAGAAGCAAGAGGAACCGAAGACUGUGCUGUCCAGACCAAGUGAACCUCUGCUCGGACUGUUAUGAUUAGGCGACAAGAGUGUUUUGACAGCCUGCCUGGAGCACUUUACCUUAAUGAAACUGAGACUGAUGCUUGCUGCUGUGCUGAAGUCUCUAAAAAAAAACAAAAAAAAACAGAUCAUGUAAACAACCACUAAACACUCUUGUAAGAAAUUCUUGUUUUUUAUGUAUUAGAAUGUCUUUAUUGCCCAACUAUGCUGCAAAAUGCAUUGAAAUCAAUGCUUAAUAUGAACUAUGUGCAAUAAUGGUAGAUUUUUAUUUAGAGUCAGGAGGAUUUUUUGUGCUGAAUUCAUUUUUGUUCGUUUUUUUAAGAUGUUGGUAGUAAGAAAAUCCCUUACUUUUUGCAGGAAAAGGCGAUUUCAACACUUAUGUGUAAUAGCUGCGAUGGAGCAAUUGUUAACAGUUUCAGUUCAGGAGAAAAAGAAAACUCAGGGUCAAGUUCACUCGCUAAACUGCAAGCCCAAGCUUCUUUUUUUAUGACUGGGGAAGUAGGUUGACAUUACUGGCAAGAGCAGCACUCUUUCCAGUAACAGUAAAGAAGUCAUUGUUUUAUUUUUGUACCAUGUGACCGAUUAAAUAUUUAUUUUUUUAUCUACUU